CCGACCUCCAUCUGCGAUUUGUCAUCCUCGCCAGCCGGCAUGUCGAAUACAUGCGAACCACUUCUGGCCGCACUGAAGGAGUGUCUCCUUCAGUCAGACUGUGUUGUCAAACAAGGGCACCUCCCUUCGGAAUGUCUCAGGGACCAUACAUCCGAGCUUCCUGAAAGCUGUCAAGCUAUACGAAAGGCGACAUUUGAGUGCAAGCGGGGCCUGUUGGAUAUGCGAAAACGAUUUCGAGGAAACAACGCGGGUGCUGUCGCUCAGCAGCUCAAAGAAUCUCCGGUGUCUUCCAAAACAGAAGAAUAAUGCCCACAUAUGGACUCGGAACUUCUAGAGCUUGAACAUAAUUGUCACUUGAAAAAUUCGCAAACGUGUCGAAACGUGCAGUAUGCUUCACGUAACUCUGUCCGGUCGGUUGCAGUGCAUUGUGCGUUGUUGCUCUAGACUUUGAUGUUCAUUCACGUGCAAAGUUUAUUCGAUAUAUGUGCCUGUGUAUCGCCGCACUUGCUACACGCUUCUAAUCGGCAUUGUACUUGUUCAUGCGUUGCACGUCUUCAUUCUUCCUUGCUAACUCGAGUCCUUCGCGGCUCUAUCCGGACUUCUCUUGAUACCUGCGACCCAUCACGGACGUCCGGAUUCACGAAUAAUGGCGUGCAUAAACUCUACACCGAUCCUUCUUGAUCACCUACGUGUAUUGUCUCUGGCCCGUGGAUCAAACAGUCCUUAGAUCUGGCCCAAGGUACCGGUG